AUGUCUGUGAGGGUUCUUUGCAAUGGCUGGGUGUACAUGAAUAAUGUGUACUAUUUAUUGUUUACUGAUAAUAUUGCUAAAAUACUGAACCUAAAUGAGUUAUAUAAUUGCAGGUAUAUUCAGGGAGCUCGCUUCUUUGGAAAUUCAAAUGUUGAUAUUGAUUCUGUUGUUGCUAUUGACACUGAACAACCAAUUUCUGAGGUUGCUGUCAUGAACAACGAGACCAAUUCAACAUCAGUUUCAACUGCGUUUCGUGCUAGAUUUAUCGGACAGGGGUACAAGCAGGUGUGCGGGCAGGCUGAUGUAUGGGGUGAUGGAAUCGUGCCGGAAGUAUCAGCCUAUCUCGAGGGUGCACUAAACGUUAGCUUGGACGGAGUUUAUCACUCACCAGUUGGUUCAGACGACAUAUUGAGACCCUGGUAUGGUUCUCCUGCUGUAGUAGAAAAAUGGAUACACCACCUCCUCAACUAGUUAUACCCGAGAUGCUUCACCGAAAAGAAUAAUUAUUCAUGUACUGGUGUACGUAUGAAAUCAUUAUCUCAUUGCAUUGCAUUCUUUUCUUAUGCUUAUUUUGCUAUCAGUAUUAUUUACAUUCUUUCGUUUUGCUGCA